CGGCCUUGCUGUGACGUUCUGCUUGAUAUCUCGUCAUCCAAGUCGCAUUCUCUUCCACUCUUAGGAAUGAUAUCGUCACAGAGGAUGCGAUUCACAAGAUUUAACCGUGAUUCGAUAAUCUGCCAAUCUUGGUUCCGCCCUCCUGCCAAUCACGCGCUUGCUGAGCAACGCCUUAACCAAUCGGAACUGAGCAAUCCUGCUACGGAGCCUACGGGCGGAUAGCUGCUUCAAGAAACAGGUCUCGGGGAAAAGAAUCUGUUAUCUUUCUAAGUUUAAGACGCUGUGAUGAAAUUGAAACAUGCUGUGAUUUUUGUGGAUUUAUUAAUUUACAUGUUGAACAGUGUUGUUGACAUUCAUUUUUAUUGUUAUACAAAUUUUAAACGUGAAUGAAAUAAUAGAACUACGCCGACCUUGACAUUUUAAUACGCGGGUUCAAGGUCAUGUCGACCCAGCUGCACGGCCUGGGACCGGAUAUCACAUCACCCGCCACCCCGGGGGAUCCCAGGGGUCGAUCCAGCGAGGCCCGGCCUUGCGGCAUCACACCAACACUGCAAUCUCCAGCCAAACAUCCCCAAGUAAAGUCCCCACAUCCCCAAAGCUGUGAAAACAAGGACCACGUGGAUAAGGGGCCUCUAGAGCGGGCGACCAAACUGCCGCCCCUUGAUUCUGGGACAAAAGUCACCGGAAGUAAGUGCGCUAACACGGAAGAACCGAAUAGGGGACCGUGUCACGUGACCGGAAGUGACGGGUUGAUUCAGGAAUCAGAGGAGUUAUUUCAGGAUCUCAGUCAGAUGCAAGAAACUUGGCUAGCCGGGGAGCAAGGAUUGCCUAGAAACGGUUGUCAGGGCAACGAGGCGGGAACCAGGCCUCGUUCAGGUCGCGACUGUGAGGCGCCUCCUUGCGGCAAGAAACACUGCUCAAACCCCGCCAUGCCUCGCGUGGAUGUCACUUCGUCCAAACCAGCAUUCGAUACUUCCCUGUAUAGCCCGCCGGAGAGCAGACUUCAUCUGCAGCACGACCCUUCCCGCAGCUGUCCUAACAGCGAGUUCCAGUCGAACUAUUCGCGGUUCAUGUCCAUGUCCUAUCCACACUUAUACAAGGCAGACGAACAGUACCGACCGUACGACGCCGAGAUGACGUCAGGGCAACGUCAUAACGGCUUCUCGUCGUCAUCGUUUGGACCCGUGUCACCGACAAACGUGUCAAUAAAACAGGAGCCACGCGAUUUUAACUUUGAUCCCGGGUCCAGAUUUCCGGCCUCCCCGGGCCUACAUCGAGCCAUGUGGAGCCGCAACGCCAGUCCACAAGAAGGUAUGUCGUGUCCAUACGAGAACACGUUUCGGUUCUUCUACCAGGAGGACCCACUGUACCUAGAACGGCUCCGUGAACGACACAGAACGUUUUACGAAGGCAUAGAUAUGAAGACGGAGCUUUACAGGGACCUGUAUUUCGAGCGCUACCGGGAGCUGCCGCACCCCUCGUACCAGCGUCGGGGCUCCCUACAGCUGUGGCAGUUCCUGGUCACCCUGCUGGACGACCCCUCCAACGCCUCAUUCAUCGCAUGGACGGGCCGCGGGCUCGAGUUUAAACUCAUUGAACCCGAGGAGGUUGCUCGGCGUUGGGGCAUUCAGAAAAACAGACCCGCCAUGAACUACGACAAGUUGAGCCGCUCCCUUCGCUAUUACUACGAGAAAGGAAUCAUGCAAAAGGUUGCCGGCGAACGCUACGUCUACAAGUUCGUCUGCGACCCGGAAGCACUGUUUUCAAUGGCGUUUCCGGACAACCACCGGCCGGUUCUUAAAACAGACCAUUCCUCCACGGCGCAUGCACUCGCCGACGGACUUUUUCGCGAAUCUAGUCAAUCGCCGGAUGUGACGUCAGCUUCGUUUCCUCUGACGUCAUUUACAUCGCCGUCUCAGAUACCGACGUUACCGCCUAUCAGUGUACCGCAUAACGGCGGUUCGAACUUUUUCGCGCCUUCAGAUCCGAACAGAUUCCCGUACAUACAGGAUGUACAGAAGUUGUAUAAUUCUGGACCUUACAUGGAGUCUUGUGUAUACUGAUCAACGGUUAAAGAAUAUAGCCAGAUGAUAUAUGUACAGUGUGGUCGCGCAAGCUGGGCUGGAUAGCAUAAUUAACGUAUAAAUGAUCCUUGUUUUGGGAAAACCGGGCAUAUUGCAUGUGCGUAAAGUGUCGCCAAUUUUCGCCUUAACUGGAUUUUCAUUUAGAAGAAAAUAAAAUAUUAUUGAAAAAACAAACAAAUACGAAGUGGUGUCCAUGGUUACCCUGUGCGGACUUCAUCGGCUUAUCUGGGGCUACACUUAUGCACAUGCGAUAAGCCCGAUUUUCCCAGAACAAUGAUCAUGCAAUAAGCCCGGUUUUCCCAGAACAAUGAUCAUGCGAUAAGCCCUGUUAUCCAAGAGCGAGGCACAAACAAUAGCAUACAAUUAUGUAUUAUUAUUGCAAAGUAUAACGCAUGGUAAAUGAGCCAUUUCUCGUAUUGUGCCAUAUGAAUUGGAAUUAUUUAUUGUUGACUUGUGUAUUUUCUUUAAGAAAGCGGGUGAUGUAAGUCUUCGUUUCGAUAUUAAUCGCGACAUUUCACACAGUUCGGGUUGUGUAUUACACACAGUUCGCGUUGUGUAUUUCGUUGAUUCUGUUUUUGUUAUUAUGUAAGACACACCAUGCAGAUUCACCUGUAAGUAUAUAUUGUUCAUGUAAGAUUUAUUUAUUCAAAUGUGACUGAUGUCUAAACAUAUAAAUGUUAUGUAAAGUCUGUAUAAAAAAUUAAUUUAAAGGAAAUUUCUUUGUAUCGAAAAUAGAAACAAUAUUGAAUAUCAGUGUACAUAAGGUUUUAUGAUUAAUUAUUUCUAAUAAAGUUAACCUAAGGACAAAUACAUCAUGUUUUAAAGAUCCAAAUUAAAAUAUCAUCCAGAAUUGAUAACUCAUUUGCCUAUUGACAGUUUUCAAACUGUUGAAACGGAUUCAAAGACAAAGCAGUGUUUGUAUUUAACAAAGUUUACUGACAUGAAGAAUAUUGCUAUGAAACUGCAAGUGUGAUUUCUCUCAGUGACGUAAGACAAGAACAUACAAACGUUACUUCAACUAUCGUGUAUAACGCUGAACUAUAAAGACUUUGCGUGUGGUCUGUUUGAAGUUGAUUUUUUUGAAAAACCUGAAUAAAGCAAAAAUUCACCGUAAGGCAGCGCUAAGAUGUUAUUUUAAUGCGGAAGAUUUUGUUCGAAUUUCUUGUUAUAGAAAUUUACACUUAUUGCCUAAGGUUUCUUCCAUUAAAUCAUCAAAAACGUAGUUUUCAUUUGAUCUA